UUGUGUGGGUGUGUGCAUUCACAAGAUCAUCAUCACUUAAAGUAAAUGUUAAUCUAAGCGUUUGGUUCUCAGAUCCAUUAACGAAUCGCCUGUCAUUUGUCUCGUUAACUCGUUCGGUUCAUCCAUAACUUACUUGCCGGCUUUCUGUGCCGUCCUGAGCGUUGACGUCUCACUCCGGGUCAACGUCUCAGACCUGGUCUCACCUCCAUGCUCCUCCCGGGCCCAGGAAGGAACCUCCUCAUGCUCCUCACUCGCGUCUCCCCCCACGAAGAGGGUCGUGCUGAACCUAACGGGACGUUUCACCCUCUCAUCCUCAUCCUCUCAUCGUUUGAUUAUCGCCACGUUGCGCUCUGAGUCGUGAGGUUUUAUUAACGUCAGCGUCGCGUCGCGGUGAAGCCUACUGGAGUCUGACAAUCAGGAGGUCCAUGGACCAGAACCUGUAGGAGCUCAGAGGAGGCCAUGGAGAGAGUCCACCACACCUGCACCUUGCACCUCCUCCUCCUCACCGUAUUCCCCCUCUGCUGCCAGGCCAGCUGGAUGUGGCUCGGGCUCAGCUCGGCGGGUGUUGCCGAGCAGCGGGGCUGCUCCGACCUGCCGUUUUCCCGCGAGCAGAAGGAGCUGUGCCGAAAGCGACCGUUCCUCCUUCCCGCCGUGCAGGCCGGCGCGCGCCUCGGGCUCGCCGAGUGCCAGUCGCAGUUCAAGCACGAGCGCUGGAACUGCACGUCUAAAGACUUCUCUGUGUUCGGUUACGAGCUAACGAGCGGCACCAAGGAGUCCGCCUUCAUCCACGCAGUGAUGGCCGCGGGGCUGGUCCACGCCAUCACGCGUGCCUGUAGCCAGGGCGCCAUCGCCGAGUGUGGCUGCGACGCCAGCCUGCAGUCUCUGGGUUCCCCCCUGGAGGGCUGGCACUGGGGCGGCUGCUCGGACCACACCCGCUUCGCCACCUGGUUCAGCCGCCAGUUCCUCGACGGCCCCCCGGGAAACACCUCGUUGCCACGGGCAACGAGCCCCGCCCUGCUGGCUGUAAACCAACACAACACCGACGCCGGACGGCAGGCCGUCGAAAGAACCAUGGUGACGGACUGCCGUUGCCACGGCGUGUCCGGUUCCUGCGCGGUGAAGACCUGCUGGCGGUCCCUGGCCCCGUUCGUGCGUGUGGGGGCGGUUCUGAAGGAACGCUUCGAGAACAGCGUGGAGGUCCUGCAGCGCUUUGCCCGGCAGAAGGUCCGCCGCAAGGACAAGGUGAGCCGCCGCGUGCCGCUGGAGCGCGACCGCCUCCUCUACCUCCACAAGUCGCCCAACUACUGCCUGGAGGACCCGGGGCGCGGCAGCCUUGGCACCCGGGGCCGGACCUGCAGCCGGACCUCCCGCGGGGCGGACGGCUGCGGCCUGCUGUGCUGCGGGCGCGGCUACAACACCAGGGUGGUGCGGCACGUCACGCGCUGCGCCUGCAAGUUCGUGUGGUGCUGCUACGUGCGCUGCCGUCGCUGCGAGAGCGUGACGGACAUACACACCUGUAAAUGACUGACAUCCACACCUGUAAAUGAGCACCUGUAAAUGACCGACAUUCACACCUGUAAACAACUACCUGUAAAUGUCCGACAUCCACACCUGUAGACAACCACCUGUAAAUGGCCGAUCUAAACACCUGUAAACGACCGACAUGCACACCUGUAAAUUACUCAUGCACGCACCUGGAAAACGACCGACACACACACCUGUAGAUAACCUAAUACACUCCUUUAGAUAACCUCACACACACACACCUGUAAAUAAAGGGACCCUUCGCUGCCUCUCUCCUCUCAGCCCUCUAACUCAUUUCAAACGAGGUCAGCAAAACAAAGACACGUUUUGCAAAGGAUUUUAAGACCGAGGCUUUCUUGAAAGCUACCUUUCCCACCUGUCGUCAGUCAGGUAUCGAGCCUCUGGAGCGAUACAUAACGGAUCAUGGUCUUUAUUGGAGAGAGUGUGAGACGAUAUGCACAAGCCGAAAAACAAUGCAUUAGCAGCGACCGGCCAUGUGUGACGCCGGGGUUAGGACGUAUGUUAUGGGAUUCACAACUGGGAAGAUGAAUGUGUGAACCCAUGACUCAUGGACUCACAGGAACAGAGUAAGAGGACUUUGCGAGCUAACCGUGUGUGACAGGAAGUGACUAACUGAAAGGCCUGUGCAAGGAUGUCCUGGUCUGUGGUUAGGAAUGUUGUUUCCAUGUUGAGGGUCAGUAAUUUUAAAAUCCGCCUCGAUGUACAGUUAUUAAUAUCUAUUUAAUUGAUAGUAUCCUUUAUCAAAAUUGUAAAAACAACAACAUAAACAUAUUUAGUGAUCCCUUGGUUUAAAGGUUUCCGUUCACUCAGAUCCAGUCUUUCCAGUCUGUGCCCCGUGUGUCUCUGAGAUCUUCUCCCUCUCGCCCAUAAAAGCACAAUGUCCGUAAAUCACAGAGGAGGCUUCGACCACACCCCCGCUCGGGGACCCCAGAGACCCUGCCCCUCCGGGGGUCUCUGGUGGACCACCACACCCCUGGUCCGCUCCCCGCGGGCCGAGGUGAACGGAGAGACUUGGUUGGCAGCGGCAUGUUAAAUACCGCUUCUGCCUCCUACCGCCUCCUCAACAAAGACCCCUCUAAUAGUGGUAUUAGGGAACGGAGAGGGGAGGGGGGCUAGAGACCGGUCCCACCAGGACCUGGACCCGGACGACAGACCGGUCCCACCAGGACCUGGACCCGGACUACAGACUGGUCCUAUCAACACAAGGACUAGGACUACAGACUGGACCGGGACUACAUACUGGAUCUACCCGGACCCGGGACUACAGACUGGACCUACCCGGACCAGGGCCCGGGACUACAGACUGGACCUACCCGGACCCGGGACUAGACUGGACCUACCCGGACCAGGGCCCGGGACUACAGAUUGGACCUACCCGGACCCGGGACUACAGACUGGACCUACCCGGACCAGGGCCCGGGACUACAGACUGGACCUACCCGGACCCGGGACUAGACUGGACCUACCCGGACCAGGGACU